CUUGCCAAGUGAAAGGGAAAGAGUCAGAGGGAGAGCAGCCACUCCAGGGGACUGGUUGUUUCUUUCAGUCCUUGGAGAAACCAUAGCCGUUUUUGAACUGUGGAGACACUGCAGCUGGAGAAAACAAAUGGAGUUACAAAUACACCAGAGUUCUGGAAGCAGCCAAGUGGCCCAUCCUCAGGAGCCUCAUCACUCUGCAGAGAAGCCGGUCAUCCACUGUCAUAAAUGUGGUGAGCCAUGUAAAGGCGAAGUGCUUCGCGUCCAGGCCAGGCAUUUUCACAUCAAAUGUUUUACCUGCAAAGUGUGCGGGUGUGACUUGGCUCAAGGUGGCUUUUUCAUUAAGAAUGGGGAAUACCUUUGCACUGUGGAUUACCAGCGGAUGUACGGGACCCGAUGCAAUGGCUGUGGGGAGUUUGUGGAAGGAGAAGUCGUAACUGCUCUUGGGAAAACCUAUCACCCUAAUUGCUUUGCCUGCACUGUGUGCAAACGUCCUUUCCCACCAGGAGACCGGGUUACCUUUAAUGGACGCGACUGUCUCUGUCAAAUGUGUGCCCAGCCAAUGUCAUCUAGCCCCAAAGAACUCUCCAGUUCCAGCAAUUGUGCAGGCUGUGGAAGAGAUAUAAAAAAUGGGCAAGCAUUACUAGCCUUGGAUAAGCAGUGGCACCUUGGAUGCUUCAAAUGCAAGGCCUGUGCAAAAGUCCUGACUGGAGAAUACAUCAGCAAAGAUGGUGCCCCUUACUGUGAAAAGGACUAUCAAGUUCUCUUUGGGGUCAAAUGUGAAGCAUGUCACCAGUUCAUCACUGGGAAAGUCCUAGAGGCAGGUGACAAGCAUUACCAUCCGAGCUGUGCACGAUGCAGCAGAUGCAACCAAAUGUUCACAGAAGGAGAAGAAAUGUACUUGCAAGGUUCUACAGUUUGGCAUCCCGACUGUAAGCAGUCCACAAAGGGAGAAGAGAAGCUACAGCAUUCCUCAUCUGAUUGCUUUUAUCCAAAGAGUUUGGUUCUUCGCAAGCCAUACUCUUCAGAGCCUACAAGAACUUCCUCAGAAAGUAUUUAUUCUAGGCCCGGAUCCAGUAUACCUGGCUCACCAGGGCAUUCAAUCUAUGCAAAAGUAGACAAUGAGAUCCUUGAUUAUAAGGAUUUAGCAGCCAUUCCCAAAGUCAAGGCUAUUUAUGAUAUUGAGCGUCCAGACCUAAUUACUUACGAGCCCUUCUACACUUCCGCCUACGAGGAGAGACAGGAGAGGCAGAGUCUUGGAGAGUCUCCAAGGACACUCUCUCCAACCCCAUCUGCAGAAGGUUAUCAAGAUCUUCGGGAUCGGAUGAUACAACGGUCUACUAGCCAGGGCUCCAUUGGUUCUCCUGUGUACAGUCGUCACAGCUACACUCCCACGAUGUCACGUUCACCACAGCAUUUUCAUAGACCUGGCAAUGAGCCGUCCAGCGGUCGGAACUCCCCUGCCCCUUACCGACCAGACAGCCGCCCUCUAACACCAACUUACGCUCAGGCCCCUAAACAUUUCCAUGUUCCAGAUCAAGGCAUCAAUAUUUAUAGAAAACCACCUAUCUACAAACAGCAUGAUGCAGCUGCUCUGGCAGCCCAGAACAAGCCUUCUGAUGAUAUCAUCAAGUCCUCCAAGUUCCCAGCAGCCCACGCUCCAGCACCCAACGAGAUUCCAAAGAUUGAGACAGAAUACUGGCCAGGUCCUCCCUCACUUGCGGCUGUAGGUUCUGACAUGCGACGCAGAUCCACUGGUAGAGAUGAAGACCUUGAGGAGCUUCAGAGGCGUCGGCAGCUACAGGAGGAACAACUGAUGAAGCUCAACUCAGGUCUGGGACAGUUGAUAUUAAAAGAAGAGAUGGAAAAAGAAAGGUCAUCAUUUUCCAGUAGUCGUUAUGACUCUCCAGUUAAUUCAUCUCCACAUGCUGCUGCCUCUAAAACCUCUUCCCUCCCUGGCUAUGGAAGAAAUGGACUUCAUAGGCCAGUGUCUACAGACUUUGGUCAGUACAACAGUUAUGGGGAUGUGAGCAGUGCUGCUCGAGAUUUCCAGUCCCUCCCAGAUGGUCAUGUCCCUGGAAUGCGAAUGGACCGAGGAGUGUCUAUGCCUAACAUGUUGGAACCAAAGAUAUUCCCAUAUGAAAUGCUCAUGGUGACCAACAGAGGGCGAAGUAAAAUUCUAAGAGAAGUGGACAGAACCAGGCUGGAGCGUCACUUAGCACCCGAGGUUUUUCAAGAAAUAUUUGGAAUGACGAUACAGGAAUUUGAUAAGUUACCUCUCUGGAGGCGCAACAACAUGAAGAAGAAAGCCAAACUCUUCUGAAUCCUUCUGCCCCUUUGAAGAGGGGAAAAUAUCACAUAUAGGAUAAUGUAUUAUACUUAAGUGCAAACAUUUUUUGGAGAGCAAACACUCAAGGAGGGGUGGGGGAAGGGGGGAGGAAAAAUCUGAGGAAGGCACCUAUAUAUGCCUUCUCAUGGCGCAAGGGCUUGUCAGGCUUGCCAGAGAGCUGUGGCACAAAAGUGCCCAUGUUAAAAAUCUCAGCAGUGGUUUUCAUGCAUUAUAACAUUUUUACAUGACAUAUAUACCCAAAGUGAAGCUGCUCUGCCUUCUCUAUUUUCCUCUUACUUGCUUAAAGGUCAAGGGGACUAUAUUGAUAGAGCCAGGAAGUGCCCAUAGGACGCCAAGACACAAUGAUGUAGUCAUGAUCUCUCCAAGGAAUGAAUGGAUAUAUUCUGUCGUUGAGGAAGGAAUCCGGUGUAAUAUAUUUAUCCUGUGGGCACAACCGUUGCCAUUAACUGGCAUUGUUUUCAGGCGGCCGAUUUUUUGCGUCAACAAAGCAGGCCGCCAAGCCGGCUCUCCUCCGCUCUGCUGUGCACCAACCAAAUUCUUUGAGGACAAACUCGCAGCUUGCACUUGCACCUACCUGCCAGUGAAUUGCCGUGUUUUGUGGUCAAGUCUUCCCUCUCCAUUUCCCCACCUUGCUUUAAUUAAUAUAGUUCUUGCUUUUAAGCCAGUUCAUUGAAAGUUAACAAGAGCAGCGAGUGAGCAAGAAGAAGAAGAACAAGAAGAAGGGGGUUGGUUUUCUAGUUCUAUAGCAGUGGUGGGGAACCUCAGGGGCCAGGGGACCAAUUUGGCCCUCCUGAGUCCCCAGAUCGCCAUCGUCCUUUCCCCCUACUACUGAUCAUUCAGUGGUUUCCUGGCUUUUGUGCAGUCCCAUUCUAAAAGGUUAACAUGCCUCUCCUAAGACUUCCUUACUGGCAAUAAGACCUUUAAGGUGCAAUAUGCUGGUACUUUUUUGUUGUUGUAUUUUUGGCCCCACCCUCUUUGCCUUCAGCACUGCCUGCCACUGAGAGCACCUCUGAAAUGGGCUGAAAGAGGUUCCCCACCCCUGUUCUACAGUGACGACAGUGUUUCAGCAGUGAUUUCCAAUGUAAGCCACAGUGAAAUACAAGCUUAGGUUUCAUUCAGAUACCGCCUUUGCCAUGUGGGAGUCAUUGUGCCACAGCCUGGCCACAAGUUGCUCUGAUAAGUUUUGUUUUAAAAAAAGCACUUGCGUGGGCCGGCACAUUAGAGUAAUUACUUCUCAUACCUUUUCCACGUGUCUUGUGGUAGCAGCAUGGGAAGGAACCACGCCAUCAUCCCUACAAACAUGACUAGUGUGGGGUGGGACCAGACUAUGCCAGAACAAGUCCCAUCCCACUGCAAAGGGAGCAUUAGAAUCUGAACAAAAUCUGUUGGGACAGACAGAUGCGAUUGGCAUACUAGCUUACUAUACUGCUGAACUCUGGAACUUGUGUGAAAGAAAAUGAUAUUUAAACUAUUUUAUGGAGGAAAUGCUACACGACCAGGCACCUCUCCUGCCAGGCUCUGCUGCUAAAAAGUGACAGAUCAAACCACUUUCUUGUAUGCACUGAUGACACUGCACAAUAUAUCGAGUUAAGCAAUGUUUGGUUUGGUAUUAUUCAUGUCACUACAGGUGCAUUCCUUGUAAAAACGAGCAUGAGUUCUACUUUCCUUUAAUA